AUGUCUCGGGAGCAAGACACCAUUGGAAGAGCUGGAGAAGACUGUUGCCAGAGGGAGAGGAGAGAUCAGCAGUCCUGUGAUCCUGGUGAGUUUCUUUGCCACGAUCACGUGACUUGUGUCUCCCAGAGCUGGCUGUGUGAUGGGGACCCCGACUGCCCUGAUGAUUCAGACGAGUCUUUAGAUACCUGUCCUGAGGAAGUAGAAAUCAAGUGCCCCUUGAAUCACAUUGCUUGCCGUAGUGCCAAUGAAUGUGUGCAUUUAUCCCAACUAUGCAAUGGUGUCCUGGAUUGCUCAGAUGGUUAUGACGAAGGAAUACACUGCCGUGAAUUGUUAACCAAUUGCCAGCAGCUGAAUUGUCAGUAUAAAUGUGCAAUGAUGAGGAAUAGUACAAAAUGUUACUGUGAGGAUGGAUUUGAAGUAAAAGAAGAUGGGAGAAGCUGUAGAGAUCGAGACGAAUGUGCUAUUUAUGGUACCUGCAGCCAGACCUGCAUAAAUACACAUGGCUCCUAUGCUUGCAGUUGUGUGGAGGGCUAUCUAAUGCAGCCAGACAACCGGUCUUGCAAAGCCAAAAACGAGCCUACAGAUAGGCCGCCUAUGUUACUAAUUGCAAAUUCUGAAACAAUUGAGAUGUUCUAUCUUAAUGGAAGUAAAAUGGCAACUAUAAGCUCAGUCAACAGGAAUGAAAUUCACACUCUGGAUUUUAUUUACAAUGAAGAAAUGAUUUGUUGGAUUGAAUCAAGAGACUCUUCAAAUCAACUGAAAUGCAUUCAAAUAACAAAAACAGGAAGAUUAACAGAUGAAUGGACAAUCAAUAUUCUUCAGUCCUUCCACAAUGUGGAACAAAUGGCGAUUGAUUGGCUCACCAGAAAUCUCUAUUUUGUGGACCAUGUCAGUGACCGGAUCUUUGUUUGUAAUUAUAAUGGGUCUGUGUGUGUCACCCUGAUUGAUCUGGAGCUUCAUAAUCCUAAGGCAAUAGCAGUAGAUCCAAUAGCAGGAAAACUUUUCUUUACGGACUACGGGAAUGUCGCCAAAGUGGAGCGAUGUGACAUGGAUGGGAUGAACAGAACCAGGAUAAUUGAUUCAAAGACAGAGCAGCCAGCUGCACUGGCACUAGACCUAGUCAACAAAUUGGUUUACUGGGUAGAUCUAUACUUGGACUAUGUGGGAGUAGUGGACUAUCAAGGAAAAAAUAGACAUACCAUUGUUCAAGGGAGACAAUCUGAUAACUUCAACAUCUUAAGGAUAAACAGAUUUAAUGGCACCGAUAUUCAUUCAUUCAUUAAAACAGAAAGUGCUCGAGGAAUCCGAAUUUAUCAAAAAAGAACUCAACCAACAGUCAGAAGCCACGCAUGUGAAGUGGAUCCAUAUGGAAUGCCAGGGGGAUGCUCACACAUCUGUCUGCUCCACAGCAGUUACAAAACACGGACCUGUCGCUGCAGGACUGGCUUCAACUUGGGGAGUGAUGGCAGGUCAUGCAAAAGACCAAAGAAUGAGUUGUUCCUCUUUUAUGGAAAAGGACGCCCAGGAAUUGUUAGAGGAAUGGACUUGAAUACCAAGAUAGCAGAUGAAUACAUGAUCCCCAUAGAAAAUCUGGUAAACCCUCGUGCUGUAGAUUUUCAUGCAGAAACCAAUUACAUCUACUUUGCUGACACCACCAGUUUCUUAAUUGGCCGGCAGAAGAUAGAUGGCACAGAGCGAGAAACCAUUCUGAAAGAUGAUCUGGAUAAUGUAGAGGGCAUUGCUGUGGACUGGAUUGGAAAUAACCUUUACUGGACAAAUGAUGGCCACAGAAAAACAAUUAAUGUGGCCAGACUGGAAAAGGCUUCUCAGAGUCGGAAGACUCUUUUAGAAGGAGAAAUGUCCCAUCCCAGAGGAAUUGUGGUGGAUCCAGUUAAUGGUUGGAUGUAUUGGACAGACUGGGAGGAAGAUGAAAUAGAUGACAGCGUGGGAAGGAUCGAAAAGGCUUGGAUGGAUGGCUUCAAUCGGCAGAUUUUUGUGACUUCAAAGAUGCUGUGGCCAAAUGGUUUAACUCUGGACUUUCACACUAACACAUUAUACUGGUGUGAUGCCUAUUAUGAUCAUAUUGAAAAAGUGUUUUUGAAUGGAACUCACAGGAAGAUUGUAUACAGUGGAAAAGAAUUGAAUCAUCCCUUUGGAUUGUCACAUCAUGGGAAUUACGUGUUCUGGACUGAUUAUAUGAAUGGUUCCAUUUUUCAACUAGAUUUGAUAACAAGUGAGGUGACAUUACUAAGGCAUGAAAGACCACCUUUGUUCGGGCUUCAGAUUUAUGAUCCACGAAAGCAACAAGGUGACAAUAUGUGCCGAGUCAAUAAUGGGGGCUGUAGUACACUUUGCUUGGCCAUUCCAGCAGGCCGAGUCUGUGCUUGUGCCGAUAAUCAACUUUUGGAUGAAAAUGGGACAACUUGCACAUUUAAUCCAGGAGAAGCAUUACCUCACAUAUGCAAACCUGGAGAAUUUCGCUGCCAAAACAGACACUGUAUCCAAGCUCGGUGGAAAUGUGAUGGUGAUGACGACUGUUUAGACGGAAGUGAUGAGGACUUGGUCAAUUGCUUCAAUCAUACCUGUCCUGAUGAUCAAUUUAAAUGCCAGAAUAAUCGAUGUAUCCCCAAGAGAUGGCUUUGUGAUGGAGCUAAUGAUUGUGGGAGCAAUGAGGAUGAAUCCAAUCAAACUUGUGCAGCCAGAACAUGCCAGGCAGACCAAUUUUCUUGUGGAAAUGGACGAUGUAUUCUCAGAGCAUGGCUAUGUGACAGAGAAGAUGACUGUGGUGACCAGACAGAUGAAAUGGCAUCCUGUGAAUUCCCAACUUGUGAGCCCCUAACUCAAUUUAUAUGCAAAAGUGGAAGAUGCAUUAGCAGCAAAUGGCACUGUGAUUCUGAUGAUGACUGUGGCGAUGGGAGUGAUGAGGAAGGCUGUGUUUACUCUUGUUUUGAUCACCAGUUCAGAUGUGCCAGUGGCAGAUGUAUUCCAGGCCAUUGGGCCUGUGAUGGUGACAAUGACUGUGGGGACUUCAGUGAUGAAACCCAAGUCAAUUGUACCAAAGAAGAGAUUCGUUCUCCUGCUGGCUGUAAUGGGAAUCACUUCCAGUGCCAUCCUGAUGGAAAUUGCAUUCCUGAUCUGUGGCGCUGUGAUGGAGAAAAAGAUUGUGAAGAUGGUAGUGAUGAAAAAGGAUGCAAUGGCACGAUACGCUUGUGUGAUCACAAAACCAAGUUCUCCUGUCAGCGUACAGGGAGAUGCAUUAACAAAGCAUGGGUAUGUGAUGGAGAUAUUGAUUGUGAAGAUCAAUCAGAUGAAGAAGACUGUGACAGUUUUAUGUGCGGACCACCCAAAUACCCUUGUGCUAAUGAUACUUCAGUGUGCCUGCAGCCAGAAAAACUCUGCAAUGGGAAAAAAGACUGUCCUGAUGGUUCUGAUGAAGGCGAUCUGUGCGAUGAAUGUUCACUGAACAAUGGAGGCUGUAGCAACCACUGUUCUGUUGUUCCCGGAAGAGGAAUUGUCUGUUCUUGUCCUGAAGGACUUCAACUCAACAAAGACAAUAAAACGUGUGAAAUUGUGGAUUAUUGUAGCAAUCAUCUGAAGUGCAGCCAAGUGUGCGAGCAGCACAAACACACAGUCAAGUGUUCAUGUUAUGAAGGGUGGAAGCUGGAUGUGGAUGGAGAAAGUUGCGCAAGUGUUGAUCCUUUUGAAGCAUUCAUCAUCUUUUCUAUUCGCCAUGAAAUUCGAAGRAUUGAUCUUCAUAAAAGAGACUAUAGUCUACUAGUUCCUGGAUUGAGAAACACCAUAGCACUUGAUUUUCACUUCAAUCAAAGUUUACUUUAUUGGACAGAUGUUGUAGAAGACAGGAUAUACCGGGGCAAGCUUUCAGAGAGUGGAGGUGUCACUGCAAUAGAGGUGGUUGUGGAGCAUGGCCUGGCUACCCCAGAAGGCCUGACUGUUGACUGGAUAGCAGGCAACAUAUACUGGAUAGACAGCAAUCUGGAUCAAAUCGAAGUGGCCAAACUGGAUGGUUCCCUCAGAACUACACUAAUAGCAGGAGCCAUGGAGCACCCUAGGGCCAUUGCUUUGGACCCAAGAUAUGGAAUUCUUUUCUGGACAGAUUGGGAUGCCAAUUUUCCUCGCAUCGAAUCUGCCUCUAUGAGUGGUGCUGGAAGAAAAACAAUCUACAAAGACAUGAAAACGGGGGCUUGGCCUAAUGGACUAACUGUGGACCACUUUGAGAAAAGGAUAGUUUGGACAGAUGCCAGGUCAGAUGCUAUCUACUCAGCCCUUUAUGAUGGGACAAACAUGAUAGAAAUCAUCCGAGGCCAUGAAUAUCUUUCUCAUCCCUUUGCUGUGUCUCUCUAUGGGAGUGAGGUCUAUUGGACAGAUUGGAGAACCAACACAUUGUCCAAAGCCAAUAAAUGGACAGGACAGAAUGUCAGUGUGAUUCAGAAAACCAGUGCACAGCCUUUUGACCUUCAGAUAUAUCAUCCCAGUCGUCAGCCACAGGCUCCCAAUCCUUGUGCAGUUAAUAACGGCAAAGGGCCCUGCUCUCACAUGUGUCUGAUCAAUCAUAAUAGGAGUGCCGCUUGUGCCUGCCCCCACCUGAUGAAGCUUUCCUCAGACAAGAAGACCUGCUAUGAAAUGAAAAAAUUUCUCCUUUACGCAAGGCGCUCUGAAAUCAGAGGAGUGGAUAUCGACAAUCCAUAUUUUAACUUUAUCACGGCCUUUACAGUCCCUGAUAUUGAUGAUGUUACUGUGAUAGACUUUGAUGCCUCUGAAGAACGUUUAUACUGGACUGAUAUCAAAACCCAAACCAUCAAACGGGCUUUUAUUAAUGGAACUGGGUUAGAAACUGUUAUUUCAAGAGAUAUUCAGAGUAUCAGAGGGCUAGCAGUGGAUUGGGUAUCCCGUAAUUUAUACUGGAUUAGCUCAGAAUUUGAUGAAACACAAAUUAAUGUGGCACGGCUAGAUGGCUCUUUGAAAACCUCAAUUAUCCACGGAAUCGAUAAGCCACAGUGUCUUGCAGCUCACCCAGUGAGGGGGAAACUCUACUGGACAGAUGGAAAUACAAUUAACAUGGCAAAUAUGGAUGGCAGUAAUAGCAAGAUUCUCUUUCAGAAUCAAAAGGAACCAGUAGGUCUAUCGAUAGACUAUGUGGAAAACAAGCUUUAUUGGAUCAGUUCGGGAAAUGGAACCAUAAAUAGAUGCAACCUGGAUGGUGGUAAUUUAGAAGUAAUAGAGUCAAUGAAAGAAGAAUUAACAAAAGCUACAGCCUUAACUAUCAUGGAUAAGAAACUCUGGUGGGCAGACCAAAACUUAGCUCAGCUGGGAACCUGUAACAAAAGAGAUGGAAGAAACCCCACCAUCCUACGAAACAAGACUUCUGGGGUUGUUCAUAUGAAAGUAUAUGAUAAAGAAGCACAGCAAGGCAACAACUCUUGCCACCUAAAUAAUGGUGGAUGCUCACAGCUUUGUUUACCAACAUCUGAAACUACAAGGACUUGCGUGUGUACAGUGGGAUAUUAUCUCCAGAAGAACCGCAUGUCAUGUCAAGGUAUAGAAUCAUUUCUCAUGUACUCUGUUCAUGAAGGAAUCAGGGGAAUACCUCUUGAACCAAGUGACAAAAUGGAUGCUUUGAUGCCCAUCUCAGGAACUUCAUUUGCCGUGGGAAUAGAUUUCCAUGCUGGAAAUGAUACCAUCUAUUGGACAGACAUGGGCUUUAAUAAAAUCAGCCGAGCUAAAAGAGAUCAGACUUGGAAAGAAGAUAUCAUUACCAAUGGCUUGGGAAGAGUGGAAGGAAUAGCUGUUGACUGGAUUGCUGGUAACAUCUAUUGGACAGAUCAUGGUUUUAACUUAAUUGAAGUUGCAAGACUCAAUGGCUCUUUCCGUUAUGUAAUUAUUUCCCAAGGCCUGGAUCAACCAAGAUCUAUAGCUGUGCACCCAGAGAAAGGCUUCCUGUUCUGGACUGAAUGGGGACAGAUGCCCUGCAUUGGAAAGGCUCGCUUAGAUGGCUCAGACAAAGUUGUUCUUGUAAGCAUGGGGAUAGUGUGGCCGAAUGGCAUCUCCAUUGACUAUGAGGAAAAUAAAUUGUACUGGUGCGAUGCUCGCACAGACAAGAUAGAGAGAAUUGACCUUGAAACCGGAGGCCAUCGUGAGAUGGUGCUGUCGGGGAACAACGUGGAUAUGUUUUCAGUUGCGGUCUUUGGGGCUUACAUCUACUGGUCUGACAGGGCACAUGCCAACGGGUCCGUCAGAAGGGGUCACAAGAAUGAUGCCACCGAGACUGUAACCAUGAGAACUGGCCUUGGAGUCAACCUGAAGGAGAUUAAAAUCUUUAACCGAGUAAGAGAGAAAGGGACCAAUGUUUGUGCAAAGGACAAUGGUGGCUGUAAGCAACUCUGUCUUUAUCGAGGAAAUUCCCGGAGAACUUGUGCUUGUGCCCACGGAUACUUGGCAGAGGAUGGAGUUACUUGCCUACGGCAUGAAGGCUAUUUGCUGUAUUCAGGGAGAACAAUAUUAAAAAGUAUACAUCUUUCUGAUGAAACCAAUUUAAAUUCCCCAAUAAGGCCAUAUGAGAAUCCACAUUAUUUCAAGAAUGUCAUAGCCUUGGCUUUUGACUAUAAUCAAAGAAGGAAAGGUACCAACCGAAUCUUUUACAGUGAUGCACACUUUGGAAAUAUACAGCUUAUUAAAGAUAACUGGGAAGACAGACAAGUAAUUGUUGAAAAUGUAGGUUCUGUGGAAGGACUUGCCUAUCACAGAGCCUGGGAUACACUGUACUGGACCAGCUCCACUACCUCAUCCAUCACUAGGCACACAGUGGACCAAACCCGGCCUGGAGCUUUUGACAGAGAAGCGGUCAUCACCAUGUCAGAGGAUGACCACCCACAUGUGCUGGCCUUGGACGAAUGUCAAAAUUUAAUGUUUUGGACCAACUGGAAUGAACAGCAUCCAAGUAUCAUAAGAUCUACCCUGACUGGGAAAAAUGCUCAAGUGGUUGUCAGUACAGACAUACUUACUCCAAAUGGACUCACUAUCGACCAUCGUGCAGAAAAAUUGUAUUUCUCAGAUGGCAGCUUAGGAAAAAUUGAAAGGUGUGAAUAUGAUGGAUCCCAGAGACAUGUGAUUGUUAAAUCUGGGCCAGGGACUUUCCUCAGUCUGGCAGUUUAUGACAAUUACAUCUUCUGGUCAGACUGGGGAAGAAGAGCUAUCCUGCGUUCCAACAAGUACACAGGAGGAGACACAAAGAUUCUUCGAUCUGAUAUUCCACACCAACCAAUGGGAAUCAUAGCUGUUGCCAAUGACACAAAUAGCUGUGAACUUUCUCCAUGUGCAUUAUUGAAUGGGGGUUGCCAUGACCUCUGCCUUUUAACCCCUGAUGGGAGAGUGAAUUGUUCCUGUAGGGGGGACCGAAUAUUGCUAGAUGACAACAGAUGUGUGACUAAAAAUUCCUCUUGCAACAUUUAUUCUGAAUUUGAGUGUGGAAAUGGUGAAUGCAUCGACUACCAACUCACUUGUGAUGGUAUUCCUCAUUGUAAGGAUAAGUCAGAUGAAAAACUGCUUUACUGUGAAAACAGAAGCUGUCGAAGAGGUUUUAAGCCUUGCUACAAUCGUCGUUGCAUCCUUCAUGGCAAGUUAUGUGAUGGUGAAAAUGAUUGUGGAGACAACUCUGAUGAAUUAGACUGUAAAGUUUCAACCUGUGCCACUGUCGAGUUCCGCUGUGCAGAUGGGACUUGCAUUCCAAGAUCAGCACGAUGCAACCAGAACAUAGAUUGCGCAGAUGCUUCAGAUGAAAAGAACUGCAAUAAUACAGACUGCACACAUUUCUAUAAACUUGGAGUGAAAACCACAGGGUUCAUAAGAUGUAAUUCUACCUCACUGUGUGUUCUGCCAACUUGGAUAUGCGAUGGGUCUAAUGACUGUGGAGACUAUUCGGAUGAAUUAAAGUGUCCAGUUCAAAACAAACACAAAUGUGAAGAAAAUUAUUUUGGCUGUCCUAGUGGAAGAUGCAUUUUGAAUACCUGGAUAUGCGAUGGUCAGAAAGACUGUGAGGAAGGGCUUGAUGAAUUCCACUGUGAUUCUUCCUGCUCUUGGAACCAGUUUGCUUGUUCUGCACAAAAAUGCAUUUCUAAACACUGGAUUUGUGAUGGAGAGGAUGAUUGUGGGGAUGGAUUAGAUGAAAGUGACAGCAUUUGCGGUUCCAUCACCUGUGCUGCGGACAUGUUCAGCUGCCAGGGCUCUCGUGCCUGCGUGCCCCGACACUGGCUUUGUGAUGGUGAACGAGACUGUCCAAAUGGAAGCGAUGAGCUCUCCACAGCCGGCUGUGCUCCCAAUAACACGUGUGAUGAGAACACCUUCAUGUGCCGUAAUAAAGUGUGCAUUCCCAAGCAGUUCCUGUGUGACCAUGAUGAUGACUGUGGUGAUGGCUCCGAUGAGUCCCUGCAGUGUGGAUACCGAGAGUGUAGUAUUGAAGAAUUUCGUUGUGCUGAUGGGCGAUGUCUUUUAAACACUCAGUGGCAAUGUGAUGGGGACUUUGACUGCCCUGACCAUUCUGAUGAAGCACCUUUAAAUCCAAAGUGUAGAAGUGCAGAACAGUCAUGCAACAGUUCAUUUUUUAUGUGCAAAAAUGGCAGGUGCAUUCCCAGCGGAGGUCUUUGUGACAAUAAGGAUGACUGUGGCGAUGGUUCAGAUGAGAGAAACUGCCAUAUAAAUGAAUGUUUGAGUAAGAAAGUCAGUGGAUGUUCUCAGGAUUGUCAGGACCUGCCUGUAAGUUACAAGUGCAAAUGCUGGCCUGGAUUCCAACUGAAGGAUGAUGGUAAAACAUGUGUGGACAUUGAUGAAUGCUCUUCAGGAUUUCCCUGUAGCCAGCAAUGCAUCAAUACUUACGGGACCUACAAAUGCCUCUGUACAGAUGGGUAUGAAAUACAACCUGAUAACCCAAAUGGCUGCAAAUCACUCUCAGAUGAGGAACCUUUUCUAAUUCUUGCUGAUCAUCACGAGAUAAGGAAAAUUAGCACUGAUGGCUCCAACUACACACUUUUAAAACAGGGAUUAAACAAUGUUAUUGCUAUAGACUUUGAUUAUAGAGAAGAAUUCAUCUAUUGGAUUGAUUCUAGCAGACCUAAUGGAAGCCGCAUAAAUAGAAUGUGUUUAAAUGGAAGUGACGUUAAGGUAGUGCAUAAUACAGCUGUCCCCAAUGCACUUGCUGUUGAUUGGAUUGGAAAAAACCUCUAUUGGUCUGACACAGAAAAAAGGAUGAUUGAAGUAUCCAAACUCAAUGGCUUAUACCCUACUAUACUCGUUAGCAAAWGGCUGAAGUUUCCCAGGGACCUGUCUCUAGAUCCUCGAGCUGGGUAUUUGUAUUGGAUUGACUGCUGUGAGUAUCCUCACAUUGGCCGUGUCGGAAUGGAUGGGACCAAUCAAAGUGUUGUCAUAGAAACAAAGAUUGCUAGACCUAUGGCACUAACAAUAGAUUAUGUCAACCAAAGACUCUACUGGGCUGAUGAAAACCACAUUGAAUUUAGCAACAUGGAUGGAUCUCAUAGACACAAAGUCCCUAAUCAAGAUAUUCCAGGGGUGAUUGCACUAACAUUGUUUGAAGACUACAUCUACUGGACUGAUGGGAAAACCAAGUCACUCAGCCGUGCCCAUAAAACCUCGGGAGCAGACAGACUCUCACUGAUUAACUCAUGGCAUGCCAUCACAGAUAUCCAGGUGUAUCAUUCUUAUAGACAACCUGAUGUCUCAAAACAUCUCUGCAUGAUAAACAAUGGUGGUUGCAGUCAUUUGUGCCUCCUAGCGCCUGGAAAGACUCACACCUGUGCAUGUCCCACCAACUUUUAUCUUGCAGCUGACAACAGGACUUGUCUAUCCAAUUGUACAGCUAGUCAGUUUCGUUGCAAAACUGAUAAAUGCAUUCCAUUCUGGUGGAAAUGUGACACUGUGGACGACUGUGGUGAUGGAUCUGAUGAACCUGAUGACUGUCCUGAAUUUAAAUGUCAGCCAGGCCGGUUUCAGUGUGGAACUGGACUCUGUGCUCUGCCCGCUUUCAUCUGCGAUGGAGAAAAUGACUGUGGAGACAAUUCUGAUGAACUCAACUGUGACACACAUGUCUGCUUGUCAGGUCAGUUCAAGUGCACUAAGAACCAGAAAUGCAUCCCAAUCAACCUUAGAUGUAAUGGGCAGGAUGACUGUGGUGAUGAGGAAGACGAAAGAGACUGUCCUGAAAACAGCUGUUCUCCUGACUAUUUCCAAUGUAAAACUACCAAACACUGCAUUUCCAAGCUGUGGGUUUGUGAUGAGGAUCCGGACUGUGCAGAUGCAUCAGAUGAAGCCAACUGUGAUAAAAAGACUUGUGGACCUCAUGAAUUCCAGUGUAAAAACAACAACUGUAUUCCAGAUCACUGGCGGUGUGAUAGCCAGAAUGACUGCAGUGAUAAUUCUGACGAAGAAAACUGCAAGCCACAGACCUGUACAUUGAAAGAUUUUCUCUGUGCCAAUGGGGACUGUGUUUCUUCAAGGUUCUGGUGUGAUGGAGAUUUUGACUGUGCAGAUGGCUCUGAUGAGAGAAAUUGUGAAACAAGUUGUUCCAAAGAUCAGUUCCAGUGUUCCAAUGGCCAAUGUAUAUCAGCAAAGUGGAAAUGUGAUGGCCAUGAAGACUGUAAAUAUGGGGAAGAUGAGAAACACUGUGAGCCAGCUUCUCCUACGUGCUCAUCAAGUGAAUAUAUAUGUGCCAGUGGAGGAUGUAUUUCAGCAUCUUUGAAGUGUAAUGGAGACUAUGAUUGCACUGAUGGUUCAGAUGAGAUGGAUUGUGUGACUGAAUGUAAGGAAGAUCAGUUUCGAUGCAAAAAUAAAGCCCACUGUAUUCCAAUUAGAUGGCUGUGUGAUGGAACUCAUGACUGUGUGGAUGGCAGUGAUGAAGAGAUCUGUGACAGAGGAGGAAAUGUAUGUAGAGCUGAUGAAUUCCUUUGCAACAAUUCCCUUUGCAAACUGCAUUUCUGGGUGUGCRAUGGAGAAGAUGACUGUGGAGACAACUCUGAUGAAGACCCUGAUAUGUGUGUUAAAUUUCUUUGCCCACCUACAAGGCCGAACAGAUGCAGAAAUAAUAGAAUAUGCCUGCAAUCUGAGAAAAUGUGCAAUGGGAUUGAUGACUGCGGGGAUAACUCAGAUGAAGAUCACUGUAGUGGCAAGCUUAUGUAUAAAGUGAGACCAUGCAAAAAGGAUGAGUUCACAUGCAGUAACAAAAAAUGUAUCCCCAUGGACCUCCAUUGUGACCGGCUUGAUGACUGUGGGGAUGGCUCAGAUGAGCAGGACUGCAGAAUAACUUCCUCUGUAUAUACCUGUGAAGAUAAUGUGACUCCAUGUGGAGAUGAUGCAUAUUGUAAUCAAAUAAAAACAUCUGUUUUCUGUCGCUGUAAGCCUGGAUUUCAGAGAAACAUGAAAAACAGACAGUGUGAAGACCGUAAUGAAUGUUUGGUGUUUGGCACAUGUUCCCACCAAUGUAUUAAUAUAGAAGGAUCAUAUAAAUGUGUGUGUGACCAGAAUUUCCAAGAAAGAAAUAAUACCUGCAUAGCAAAAGGCUCUGAAGAUCAAGUUCUCUACAUUGCUAAUGACACUGAUAUCCUGGGUUUUAUAUAUCCAUUCAACUACAGUGGCGAUCAUCAACAAAUUUCUCAUAUUGAACAUAAUUCAAGGAUAACAGGGAUGGAUGUAUAUUAUCAAAGAGAUAUGAUUAUUUGGAGUACUCAGUUUAAUCCAGGCGGAAUUUUCUACAAAAGAAUCCCUGGCCGACAAAAAAGACAAACGAACAGUGGCUUGAUUUGUCCUGAAUUUAAAAGACCCAGGGACAUUGCAGUUGACUGGGUUGCUGGGAAUAUUUACUGGACUGAUCACUCCAGAAUGCACUGGUUCAGUUAUUACACUACUCACUGGACCAGUCUGAGGUACUCUGUCAACGUAGGGCAGCUGAAUGGCCCCAAYUGCACCAGGCUCCUAACAAAUAUGGCUGGAGAACCGUAUGCUAUUGCUGUAAAUCCUAAAAGAGGGAUGAUGUACUGGACUGUCAUUGGGGACCACUCCCACAUAGAAGAAGCAGCCAUGGAUGGUACUCUGAGAAGGAUUUUAAUACAAAAGAACUUACAGAGGCCCACAGGUCUGGCCGUGGAUCAUUUUAGUGAACGCAUAUACUGGGCUGACUUUGAGCUCUCCGUAAUUGGUAGUGUUCUGUACGAUGGCUCUGAUUCAGUGAUCUGUGUCAGCAGUAAACAAGGAUUGUUACAUCCACAUAGGAUUGAUAUCUUUGAGGAUUAUAUAUAUGGAGCAGGACCAAAAAAUGGUGUAUUUCGAGUACAAAAAUUUGGACAUGGUUCAGUAGAGUAUCUGGCUUUAGAUGUUGAUAAAACAAAAGGUGUUUUGAUAUCUCAUCGCUAUAAACAACUAGACUUACCUAAUCCUUGCUUGGAUUUAGGAUGUGAAUUCCUCUGUUUGCUGAAUCCUUCUGGGGCCACCUGUUUUUGCCCAGAAGGAAAAUAUUUGAUUAAUGGAACCUGCAAUGAUGACAGUCUGUUAGAUGAUUCCUGCAAAUUGGCCUGUGAAAAUGGAGGGAAGUGUAUUUUAAAUGAGAAGGGUGAUAUGAGGUGCCAUUGUUGGCCUAGUUAUUCCGGUGAAAGGUGUGAAAUCAAUCACUGUAGCAACUACUGUCAAAAUGGGGGAACUUGUACACCAUCAGUUCUAGGGAGACCCACCUGCAUCUGUGCACUGGGGUUCACUGGACCAAACUGUGGUAAGACAGUCUGUGAAGAUUUCUGCCAAAAUGGAGGGACCUGCACUGUUACUGCUGGGAACCAGCCUUUCUGUCACUGCCGGGCUGAGUACACUGGGGACAGAUGUCAGUACUAUGUGUGUCAUCACUAUUGUGUGCAUUCUGAAUCAUGUACUAUYGGGGAUGAUGGAAGUGUUGAGUGUGUCUGUCCACCACGCUACGAGGGACCAAAAUGUGAGGUUGACAAGUGUGUAAGAUGCCAUGGGGGACACUGCAUUAUAAAUAAAGACAAUGAAGAUAUAUUUUGCAACUGCACUAAUGGAAAGAUUGCCUCUAGCUGUCAGUUAUGUGAUGGCUACUGUUAUAAUGGUGGCACUUGCCAGCUGGACUCCGAGACAAAUGUACCUGUGUGUCUAUGCUCCACCAAUUGGUCAGGCACACAGUGUGAGAGGCCAGCCCCCAAAAGCAGCAAAUCUGAUCAUAUCAGCACAAGAAGCAUUGCCAUCAUUGUGCCUCUUGUCCUUUUGGUGACUUUGAUAACCACCUUAGUAAUUGGUUUAGUUCUUUGUAAGAGAAAAAGAAGGACAAAAACAAUUAGAAGACAACCCAUUAUCAAUGGAGGAAUAAAUGUAGAAAUUGGCAAUCCAUCUUAUAACAUGUAUGAGGUGGAUCAUGACCACAACGAUGGAGGUCUUUUAGAUCCUGGCUUUAUGAUUGAUCCAACAAAGGCCAGGUAUAUAGGGGGAGGGCCCAGUGCUUUCAAGCUUCCACACACAGCGCCGCCCAUCUACCUAAACUCUGAUUUGAAAGGACCACUAACUGCUGGGCCUACUAAUUACUCCAACCCGGUAUAUGCAAAAUUGUAUAUGGAUGGGCAAAAUUGUCGAAAUUCCUUAGGAAGUGUUGAUGAAAGAAAAGAACUGCUUCCAAAGAAAAUAGAAAUUGGUAUAAGAGAGACAGUGGCAUAA